GGCCUCCUCCUCCUCCCGCUGCCGCCGCUGCCGCCGCCGGUCCCCGCCUCUCCCGCUCGCCAUUGCGGCGGCUCAGGCUGAGCCGCGCCGAAUCCCCCCCCUCUCGGUUUCCCCUCCCCGGCCGCCGCCCGGCAGAGGCUUCCACGGCGCAGGUCCGCCGCAGCGCAGCCGCUCUGAGUAGCUAUUGAUGGAAGAACACGGGGUGACCCAAACGGAGCACAUGGCCACCAUCGAGGCCCACGCAGUGGCCCAGCAGGUGCAGCAGGUCCAUGUGGCCACCUACACAGAGCACAGCAUGCUGAGUGCAGAUGAAGAUUCCCCCUCCUCACCAGAGGACACCUCCUAUGAUGACUCUGACAUCCUCAACUCCACAGCUGCUGACGAGGUCACUGCCCACCUGGCUGCAGCAGGCCCUGUGGGGAUGGCAGCAGCUGCUGCUGUGGCAACGGGGAAGAAACGAAAGCGUCCACACGUGUUUGAGUCCAACCCCUCCAUCCGUAAGAGGCAGCAGACACGUUUGCUAAGGAAGCUCCGAGCCACGCUGGAUGAAUACACCACCAGAGUGGGGCAGCAAGCCAUCGUUCUCUGCAUCUCACCCUCCAAACCCAACCCUGUCUUUAAAGUAUUUGGUGCUGCCCCCUUGGAAAACGUGGUUCGCAAGUACAAGAGCAUGAUUCUGGAAGACCUGGAGUCAGCACUAGCAGAACAUGCUCCUGCACCUCAGGAGGUUAACUCAGAGCUGCCACCCCUCACCAUUGAUGGAAUUCCUGUCUCAGUGGACAAGAUGACCCAGGCACAGCUGCGAGCUUUCAUCCCUGAGAUGCUGAAGUAUUCCACAGGUCGUGGAAAACCAGGCUGGGGCAAGGAAAGCUGCAAGCCCAUCUGGUGGCCUGAGGACAUCCCGUGGGCCAACGUUCGCAGCGAUGUCCGCACAGAGGAGCAGAAGCAGCGGGUGUCGUGGACCCAAGCGCUGCGGACGAUCGUGAAGAACUGCUACAAGCAGCAUGGGCGUGAAGAUCUCCUCUAUGCCUUUGAGGACCAGCAGACACAGCAGCAGACAACAACCACACACAGUAUAGCACACCUGGUGCCCUCACAGACAGUGGUACAAACCUUCAGUAACCCUGAUGGCACUGUCUCCCUCAUCCAGGUUGGCACUGGUGCUACAGUGGCCACGCUGGCUGAUGCCUCUGAGCUGCCCACCACGGUCACCGUCGCACAAGUCAAUUAUUCUGCAGUGGCUGAUGGAGAGGUGGAGCAGAACUGGGCAACGCUACAGGGGGGGGAGAUGACCAUCCAGACCACGCAGGCAUCAGAGGCCACGCAGGCAGUGGCAUCAUUAGCAGAAGCAGCAGUGGCAGCAUCUCAGGAGAUGCAACAAGGAGCAACUGUUACCAUGGCACUCAACAGUGAAGCAGCUGCCCAUGCAGUAGCCACGCUUGCUGAAGCCACCCUUCAAGGUGGGGGACAAAUUGUCUUGUCUGGUGAAACUGCAGCAGCAGUAGGAGCACUUACUGGAGUCCAAGAUGCCAAUGGAGUCCUAGCAGCAGACUGUUCAGGUUGCAAGUGGAGCAUAACAGAUAUUACAUCAGGUCUCGUCCAGAUCCCAGUCAGCAUGUACCAGACCGUGGUGACCAGCUUGGCCCAAGGCAAUGGCCCCGUGCAGGUGGCAAUGGCACCUGUGACCACGAGGAUAGCAGACAGUGCUGUCACCAUGGACGGGCAAGCAGUGGAAGUGGUGACCUUGGAACAGUGACCAUGCCCCAGAGCACAGGAUCCUGGUGAUUUUCCUCCUCUCUUGACGCCAAUAAGGUUUUUUUAACGCCUCUCCAGGGAUGCAAUCAGGUGGCAUUGAGUCUCCCAGCUUUGGAAGAGUGAAGGUUUUUGGUAAUUUUUUUUUUUCUUUCUUUCUUUUUGGUUUUUUUUUUUUCCCUAAAAGCAAAAAAGAAAAAAAAAUGGAGGAAAAAAAGCAAAUAUUCUUAGCAGAGGUUGCGUGUUCAGGGCGUUUUUUGUAGCACCACUCUGCUCCCAAGAGGAGUGAGAAGCCAAAUUGUGAUGGGACUUGGAUUCUGAGGAGGCUGCAAAGAGAAGAAAACAAAAAGCAAGUCCUUUCUCCCCCCCUUUUGCCCCCAGGGGUGGGACAGGGUGAGGCUUGGGGGGGAGCACAGACACCCUGAGCUCCAGCAGCAUCGCCAGCAUCUUCCUCCUCCUCCUCCAUGGCAUCCCUUGGGCUCUGCCCUCCACUUUCUGCACUUGGCAAAUUAGGUUUCAAAGAUUUUAACAUGGACUUUUAUAUGGAAAACGAACCACAGAAACAACAAGGAGAAACUACACCAAAAAAACAAACCCACAAGACACCAAAAAGAACCCAACUCCCCUCCAAAACAACGAAAAAACAAACCAAGUUUGGAAAAGUCUCCUCUCCUGGGAAUAAAAA